AUGGCCGGUAAAUCAGCGACUUCUGGGGCCUCAUCCGCUGCUUCCUCAUCAACGUCUGCUCCAUCGACCCCGGGCCCUUCGACACCUCGCAGCUCCGACGUGCAAGAUGCUACCCACGACGCUCAUUUCUCCCUCGUCUCCAACGAGGCUCUCGGCACCUCUCUGAGGGAAGGACCCGCCCCGGACCUCAUGCAGAAUCGCCAAACUCUUGCUGAAUUCCGCCAGCAGGAGGGCCCCGCGGUCCGUUCGGCCAAGCUUAGGCAGAUGUGGUCCACGCUUCCGCGCCUGCCCUCUGUUGAUCCUGAUAAGCCGACAGAGGCUCAGCGCAUGCGCCUCCCUGGUCAAGAUACGCCGACAGCUUUGAGCCCGGAACGUGCCGAACGUCUGCGGACCCUCUAUCAGGAAGAACUCGUCAAGCGGUGUGGAGAGAACCGACCGGACGCUCUGUUAUGGGGCGGUGCCGAUGACCUUCAACCGGGAGAGGGCGACGAGUUCCGUGAGAAGGGAAUAUCGUGGAAGUCUUUCCGGAAAUAUCUCUGGGACCAGGAGCGACAGCUGUGGGACAUGUUCCAAGAGCUCGACAAGAAUGGCGACGGCGUCCUGGACGUCGACGAGAUCGGCGCCGCCCUCAAUCGCGCUGGUGUCGACCUCUCACCGACCAUUGUCCGCGACCUUGUCCACUUCCUGGCUGGCUCCAGCAAGGGGUCAGCUGUCUCGUUCCAGGAGUUCCGUGACUUCUUGCUGAUGCUUCCCCGACGAGCGACUCCUCUUGAGAUCUACAAGUUCUACCAGGUGCACAAACGGUUCAGCGAUGGCCGCGGUGCUGCUCGAGUCAACAUGGACGGUGAUCCCAACCCGUCAUUCCCGAAGGCGCCAGGAGAUCCUGAACACUCGACAGCUGAGGGUUUCUUACAUCCGCAACCGCGACACGACGAGAUGCCCGCGAACGACGACUACGACGACAUUAUCGACCUUGACGAUGAUGAGGAGUACGAUGCCGACUACCACAAGCAUGACGCUUGGCGAUUCCUGUUGGCCGGCGGCAUCGCUGGUGGUGUCUCGCGAACAGUCACAGCACCGUUUGAUCGCCUGAAGGUGUAUCUCAUCACUUCGACCGCGCAUCCAGAGGGAGGCAAGCCAUCACCGUUCCGUGCUCUUCAGAAUCUAGGCAACGCCGUCCGUCUCAUUUAUAAGGAAGGAGGAGGCAUCCGAGCGUUUUGGGUCGGUAACGGACUGAACGUCGCGAAGAUCCUCCCAGAGAGUGCUAUCAAGUUCGUAUCAUACGAGCAAAGUAAGCGCUUCUUCGCCAAAUACUGGGACAAAGUCACGGACCCGGCCGACAUCUCGUCUUCGUCGCGCUUCAUUGCUGGCGGUAUUGGAGGUAUCACGUCCCAGCUCUCCAUCUACGGACUCGAGACGCUCAAAACUCGCGUGCAGUCUGAGCUAGGCCCCAGCCGAGGAUGGAAGCAGGUCGUGAACACGAUGAAGAUUAUGUGGCGACAGGGAGGACUCAAGUCUUACUACCGAGGUCUGACUCUUGGUCUCGUUGGAGUGUUCCCGUACUCGGCCAUCGACAUGGGAACGUAUGAAACUCUGAAGACGACAUACUGCAAGCAGAUGGACGUCGACGAACCACCAGUCUACGCGGUCUUGUGCUUUGGAGCUCUUUCUGGCUCUAUCGGAGCCGCCACUGUAUACCCGUCGGGAAGUUCUGGUCACCCUCAGAAGUACACCGGCUUCAGGGACGUUCUGACGACCACCUUGAAGAACGAGGGCUGGCGAGGACUGUACAAGGGUCUGCUGCCCAGUAUCCUGAAGGUUGGACCCGCCGUCGGCGUGUCAUGGAUUGUAUAUGAAGACGCCAAGCGACGACUUGGCGUCUAA